GUUUGGCUGUUGCAAUAUGACGAAGGUCGUGAGUUCAUGGGAAGCAUGACAAUGAUAAUGGAUGAACACAAUAUUAACAUCCGAAGAAUUAAAGCACGUUUCAGGCAUACAAGCAUGGCUAUGGUUGAUCGUUAUGCCGGAUUAUUCGAAUUAAGGGUUUUUAAAAAUCAAUAUGUGAUAGAGUUUCUCUUACCUACUGGCGAACGCUAUAAAGAAUACAAACGAUUUGCAAGAAGAAUUGUUAAUAACAUGAAUGAUACUCCUACUCGCAUAACGCCCUCUUUUCCCAAUCACGACAAAUUUGUGCAUCUAGAUUCAUCUGCCCUUGCGGGUGAAAAAAAAGCACAAUUUGAUAAUGCUGAUUACCACUAUAUUCGAAGGCCAAGCCUACCUCCUUAUUAUACUCAUCUAGAUGUAAUCAUUUUAAGAAUUUAG